AUGCACCGUCAUCACCAACAUGCACAUCACCAUGGAGAAUACCUGGGAAUCCGAACUACCCCUCUCGAUCCGGAUACUAUACCGAUACCGACCCUCGUGAAGAUAUCGACCCCGGUGGAGACGCCAACCCUCGUGAAGAGAAUGCCGGAUGAUUCUGAACGAUCGUCGACGUGUGAAGAUGGGGACAACUCGGCUCGAUGCGAAAAACCCACUAGUACGACAAGUAAUACAACAUUACCUGUCGUCCUUGGGGCCGUAAUCCCCAUUGUCUGCGCUAUCGUGGUCCUUUUCUUCUUACAUCGAAGAAACGUGAAGAAACUCCGAAACGAAGAUGCAAAUGAUAAGCACAAAUCUCUCGACUUUGGCAUGGAUCUCCCCUCGAGCGGGGGGAAAUCCAUGCGCGAAAAGCAUGCCCAACAAAAUUAUCACAUGAAAGGGGUAUCUCUCGACAUUGGACCCAGCCCUUAUAUGCUACCUACCAGCAUUCGCGGCUCUAAAGAGUCUUUGAACUCGCUAUCUCGGUCAAUUAUGGCUGAGAACGAGAAUUAUCGGCACGUGCAUCAAUACUACGGUCAGGAUGGUCAGUCCAUCCAUUCGCAGCGGAGAGGCUAUGAUGAUGCUGUGAGUGUUGCGGGUUCGACCAGACGAGGAGCUUAUGGCGACGACAUGAAUCAGGGCUUGAUUGGAAAUGCACAGAGGAUAUCUCGCUCAUCCCCCCCUCUCUACAACGGAUCAACUGAGCAGAGUACACAAAACCUCGCCAGCCAUGCUCAACCAAAUGACACUGGCUUCGAGUUGCACUUGCCCCGGAGUCCGAGUCCCGUCCAUGUCCCAGGCUUGACACCGAUCCACGAGACAAGCCCGGCGACUGAGAGCAAUAAAGAACUUCAUCUCCCGGCCUCUGGACCUGCACUAUCCAACAUUCCUCCCGAACACCAACCAGAUUUCCCGCUCCGGAGCCCACCUCCAAUUCAUUUCGAAUCAAGUCCUAUGCCUACUCAUGACACGCCAGUCCCAAUGCCUAGAAUUUCACUCCCAUCAAGCGAUGGCGCUAGCGAUUAUGGAGAUGAAAGGAGGUCAAACCCAAGUGUUCCAGCUGUGAACGUCGAGAAAGCAGAGAGUCAUCCUGUUCGCGAAGAAGAUAACAGUCACACACCUGUGCCCAAGUUACCCGAGGAGCCACCGCAAUCUUCCAACCUGAGACUCGACCCCCGUCGCGAUACCCGCCGUAUGACAAUGGGCCUUCGCCCUCUGCCACCAGAGGACCCGGCUGACAACCCCGAGCAGCGUGCCAACCGCAUUCGUUCCUUUUACAAAGAGUAUUUCGACGAGAGUAAGGCUGGGCAAAGGGAAACAUAUUAUGAGGACUUUGACCCUGACUAUUACCAUCACGACGACGACUACGUCUACGAUCCAGUAACAGGGGAAUACUUCGACGCAGUUCCAGCACCAUACGCUGAACCGGUCAAUCGUCGCGCCAUGACUCCUCCUCCACGUGCUCCUCCCCGAUUCCAAGGUGCAGCUCGUCAUAUGGCCUCCGGGUCAAUUGGUGGUUACAGCGAGAGAUUUCAACCCCCCGGGCCGCGUGCGUUCUCUUCGGCCUCGGGUCGGUUCCCAGGUGCUCGAGGCCCACGCAAGCCGGCCCCUCCGCCAUCACCUCUCAACGUGCUUCCUUCCCCUCAUCUCUUAAAGGACGAUGCUAUCAUGACGGCCAUCGACUUUGCUCCCGGAUCGAGCUUCAAGGACCAGAGAGACGGCCGUCCCGAAACACCUCUAGGUGGCGUGCGGCCAUACAGCCCAAUGGUCCGAGCCCACACUCCUCUUGUAUCUGUAUUUGACGACCUAGCACCUAUGCCUAACAUCAAUUGCGAAAGUCAGGCGCCUUCGACAAUCUGGAUUUCGCGCCUCCCCCUCGUUUCAAAAACCAAGAUACUGCGAGCGACGCCGGUAGCAUUCGCAGUACCCGCUCAGGAGUUUCAGCAGCCCAUUUGCACAAUAUUCGCACUGGUGCGUACCGGGUCAGCCGCCUGCCCCCGGAAACUGUGGGUACCAAGGAUGACUUGA